AUUCAUUCUGCUAUUGAAAAAAAAAAAAAUUAAAAAUACACUUCAAAUUAAAUUGAAUAAAUUUUGUAACCUUAAUCAUGAGUGACAUUGAUCAAAAGUCAUCUUCUGAUGAUGACAAUUCAUCUGAUGAUGAUGAAACUUCAAGCGAAGAUAACAUAGAUUCGUGUGAGGAAGAAUAUGAAAAAGACAAAUGGAUUCACGAUGAUAAGCCUAUUUGGAGACUAUACUUAAACUCGUACGUAGAAAAAGCAAAAGAACGAAGAAAAGAAGAAAAAUUAAAUAAUCAAGAUAGGGAGUUUCCUAAAUUAUCAGAAAAUUUGGACUUUGAAGAAGAAUUUAAUCCUCCAUAUGAAUGUUUUCCAUUAAACAUCUUUAAUAUCCAAGCUAUGGUACCUGAUCAUGUAGAUAGCAUUCAGAAAACCAGAAUUUGGCAAAUGAUGAAGUCAAAUCUAGAGGUUGACAUGAAGAACCUGGAAGCUGAAGUAAUCCCGGAAGUCAAACGAACUGACAGCGGGAAAUGGCCAGGUACUUGGCCAUGUAUUGAACAAGAUAUUGCUGGAGAGAUGAGACAGCUGAAGAGAUUGGAAAAGUGGAAGCAAAAGGGUCUACUUCCUUGUCAAUAUUAUUCGGAGAAUGAAUUGGAUGAUUCUGAGAAGCCAUAUGAUGAUUAUGCUAGUCAUAAAGAGCUUGGACAUGCUAGAGUUCCAGCAGUUUGUGUUGAUGUGAAGAAAAAAUUUUAUGUUGACCGAGCAUCUGGUGAAAAUCCUGGGUUAGUUAACGGAGAUUAUAUCAUAUGUGAGUUUAAACCAGUGAAUGGUGAGUCGCGUGUGUAUGCUCAAGUCUGUUUGAGAGGAAUCAAGGGGAUGCAUCUGAUUGAACUAUGGAGGGAAAGGGAGAAGACCUGGAAGUUUUGUUUCUAUCAAGCUCUUGUGGCUUUGCUUGUUAAAACCCAACUCAGAUAUAAAUACGCAACAAGCAAUAAUAUCGAUUAUAUCUACGAUCAUGCUUGGAUGCUAUUUAUCCACAUGGGAAGUCUGACUAUAUCAAACAAACUUUGUUUGAAUGAUGUUAUUGUUUACAAUUACAAAUAUAACAUUGAAGUAGAACUAGUCCAUGAGUUGAAUGAUGUUCCUAUACCAAAGAAUGUUUCUGAAAAAUAUUUCGAAUCAACUCUACUAAAAAUGCGCUGCAUGAAACGUCCAGAGCUAAUGAAAAUAACUGAAGAAAUUGGCUGGGAAAAAAUGAGCCAAUCUUAUGAGUUACCGGUACAUGAAGAAACUAAGAAGAUAGAACAGUGGUUUGAUGAAUUACCAAACAACUAUCGGAAUUGCAUAUUUAGAACUAGCAGAUUCUCAUUGGCUUUUUGGAAUGAUGGAAAUUUCUGGUACUUAUUUAACCCAUACCGUUGUGAUCGUUAUGGACUUUGGAAUGAUAAAGGCCAUGCCUGCAUAAUGAAAUUCUGUACUAAAAUUACUCUGAAACGACAUCUCAUGAUCUUGUUAUUAAGAGCUUAUGCUUAUGAACCAUCAAAAUUACUCAAAAUCUCAGAUAAGCAAGAAAACAAUGAAUCCAUGGAAACCCAUUCAGAAAGUGAACAAAAAUUGAAUACAUUUUCAAUUCAGAUAUUUCACAUAAUUUACCAUUGUGUGAAAAUCCACAAUGUCAAAUUGCUUCAGAGGAAGCCAUUGAAGUCACAAGUAAAAAAAGUUUGGAAAGAAUUAGAUGAAUGUGAUGCUGACAUUUUGACGAACAAUUCAGAACAGUUGUUGAAAGAUGAUGAGAUGUCUGAUGUUACACCAAGGGAACAAUCAGAUUGGUUGGAAAAUUGUAAAAUAACUUGGAGUAGAAGUCCAAUGUCCCAGAAACGUAUCACCAAGGAAGGUGUACAAGUGUUGGGAAAAUCUCGAUGGCAUCAAUACUAUGUAGAAGAAAAGAGGAAACUUUUUUCACUGUGGGGUGAGAUUCAUCCGACGGGUGAAAUUUUUGCUAAAGAAAAUCGUGGAAAGCAGAUAUAUGCAUGUUAUGUCGUAUGUGCUGGGAUGACACGAAUAAUGGCGCCGGAAUAUUGGAGUUCCAAGGUAUUGGAUACGAUAGUAAUGUGUGGUGAUCGAUAUUACACAUCAAGUAGGCUUCAAAGCAAAGUGUAUGCUUCAAAGAAUAUGUCUGAUAAUGUAUUUGCAUGGAAUAGACAUUUAGUGAGACAUUUUAAAAUCAGUCAACUACUCUUUGAAGUCGAUAUUCUUCCUGCAAUUCAUGGCGAAUUGUAUACCAAGAAUUCUUUAUGGAAAAUUCUUCAGCAGAUGCUUUCGAGAUACCCUUUUGUCAUCUUGACUUGUGAAAAUUCUAGACUUGGGCUCUUUAAAUUUUGUGGUGCAUAUUAUAUGAUGGAUGUUAAUUCUAUUGGUCCGCCACUUUUUAACUAUGGAUGUGGGGUUGGGUAUUUGAUGAGAGCUACCAGUUUCUUGAAGUUCAUGGAAGUGGUGGUGUUGACGAUUGGAUCCAUUGAACAGAGUAAGUUUGCUGUCAAUCCAGUAGAUAUUUUGAAAAUUUUUGAUGAAGAAUCUCCAAGUAAUAAAGAGAAACAAUCUGAACGGAAGAAAAAAUUGGUUAAAAAACAAUUUGGAACUGAUGGUUUAAAAAGAAAAAAACAAGCA